AUGUCAGGUUUCGAGAUUGCUGGCGCUGUUCUAGGUGGUUUUCCAAUUCUUCUCAACUGCAUAGAAUAUUACCACGGAGCCUUUGAGCCGAUGGAGAAUUGGUGGCACUUCCGAAAUCAUCUCAUCGAGUUUGUCGACGAUAUCAGGCACCAGAACAUGAGAUAUCAUGAAAAUCUCAUUCAACUUCUCGACCCCAUUAUUCCCGACAAUGAGAGUCUUAUGACCUUGAUAGGAGACCCCACGGAUUUGCGAUGGAAGGAUGGUAGCCUUGAAGACCAUUUAAAGGACCGCUUCCCAAGUGAGCUGGAUCGCUUCCUUCGAACCAUCGAGAGGAUGCACGACGUGAUGUUGGAGCUUUACAAGGUUCUUCAAAUUCAAGAUGGAAAGGCUCCUUGGCUUGGAACGGCACAACACAACCCAAUGCAGUGGUACUGUAAGCGGCUGCAGUUGAGCUUGUCUAAAGGCAAACAUAAAAAGGUGCAAAAGCUUGAUAAACUCAACCAGGUUCUGCGAGAUAUGGUGGGAUUCAGUGAGCGCACUCUGCCGAUAUCUGAUCGGAGAAAGUGUUCCGGCCCUGUACGCCGUCUGGAGAGCGCUCGCCAACACGCGUGCCGUGUGUAUGAAACACUGAGAGAUCACUGGAGAUGCCACCAAGGUUGCAAUUGCCACAAAGCACACCUACGACUGUGCGGCGACUCCGCUCCCGAGACAUUAUCCAUGGUUCUUGUUUGGGGAACUGGGGACAGCACGGAUUCAUCACUCAAGCCCAAGGCGUACGAGGUCAUGAUUCAGAAUACUAAAGACCGCAACCCAGCAACGUCCUCAGACAUCAGAGUUGUCCAGGGAUCGGCGACGUUGUCUCAAAUUCAAAGCAUUACGGAGCAAAAGACACAAUACAUCAGAUCCAGGCCGUCAUUCCUUGAUAGGGUUUCUCACAGAUUACAGCCUAAACCGGCUGCAAUCACUGGCUCAAACCAAUCAACCCCCACGAAGAAUGUCAAGUUUUUUGAGCCGAGUCCAGCUAUAUGUAUCACACCGUCCGAAAAGGAAGCUGUUAUGAAGAAUGGCGGGGUUUUCCUUCCCUGUCGGAAUAAUGACGAACGGUCCAGCAGGCAGAACAUCGAAAACCUUUGCGCCUUUCUGGAGGAGACAUCAUGGAACGAGGGUGUACUGCAUGACGAUUUCGACAGGCACCUUGUCUUCAAUAAAGAUUCAUCAGGCUUGCGAAGAAUCAUUCCCGGCAAAUUGAGGCUUUUGUCUCUUACCGAAUUGCUAGAAGCACACCACCAAGCGGAUAUAACCCUUUCAAGGCAGUCACGGUUCGAGAUAGCAGCCCAUAUCUCGGCGGCGCUACUAAACACGUACCCCUCGCCUUGGAUGCCUUCUUCAUGGACGAAGAGCAGCUUCUACUUUCUUGUUGACGAUGAGACGCUCUUGAGCUGCCAUCCAUUUUUGUCAAACACAUUUGAGCUCGACAAGAAAGAGAGCUCGCCUUCCGAGGAAUCGAUGUUCACCAAGAACAUAUCGGAACAGGCGGCCCGCAACUACAUGUUUACUGUCGGCGUAAUAGUUUUGGAGCUGAUAUUUGGGCAUGAUAUUAGCCAUUGCCGCUUCCGCAAAGACUACCUGCAGGAUAACAGACCUAAUGAGCUUACAGAUAAGUUUACUGCUCAACGGUGGGCGAAGAAAGUUCUUGGUGAAAGUGGACCAAAUAUUGCGGAUGUUGUUAGACGAUGCCUAGACUGUUCUUUUGGUCCAAGGCCGAUAUUCUCAGACGUGCGCUUUAGAGAGUCGAUUUACGAAGGAGUCAUCAAGCCUCUGGCAUCGUACGCUAAAAUAUGGCCUGAAGUGAUGAUUUAA